CUAAAUCCCCAGCCCCAAGUUUUUCACUUUUUAUGAAAGCAUUUUUUCAAUAUACACAAAAACAUAAAGUACAACGUAUCUCCACCCGAUUACCUGGCUUCAACAUUUGGUAAGUCAUGGUUACCUCUGAUUCUUCCCUACUCUCACUUGCUUUCCCCAUCCCUUUUCAAGUAAGUCCUAGACAUUUUUAUCAUUCAAUCUAUACACUGAGCAGUGUUAAGAAGGAACUGGAAUGUGUGGCUCUUUCAUUAGUAACUUCCUUCCCCCAGCCUAGUCUUCUGCCCUGAAAGCACUUAACGCUGGUUCCCACAGGACUCCUAACCCUGAACAAAACUUUGCGGGAACCUUUCGAGUUGGCUAAUUAAGGCUGAGCUGAUCCAGUGAAAAGCUGCAUCCUGCAGUUCGUUUGGAAGGCUGACCAGUCUUCUGGUCCUCAUAAAACAGCUCAUUCCUUGGUGGCUUACUAAGUUCCUAAAGUUUGCACAAAAUGGUAGCUACCUUCUACAGUCCUCUGUGCUUUUAGAACCUCGGGAGAAACUUCACAAGUGUAACGUUCGCCCUAUAGGCUGAGCCCGCUCAGAGGUGUUGCCUGUCACAGCCCGGAUCUUCAAAGGGUUGAGAGGCCGGUCCUAUCUGAACAUCUGGCCUUUCUAGCUCCCACCCCGUGCGCACCUCCUAUCCCUGUCCAUCCAGGCGGCUGGUCAUCCGAGAGCAUCAGGACUCCCUCUCACAAUUGUAAAGUGCUGCACUACUGUCCACCUCCCUCAGCACCCUUUCAUCCAGGCCCCUAAUAUUCCUUUCUCUCAAGCACUACAAUAUCCAGGUAUCUAACUGCCUUUAGCACCCCACCCGAGUCCCUUCUCCCGCGGCGGCUUGGUGAACCCUUCCUUGGCUCCUGAAGCCCCCGGGAGCGAGACCCUCCUAACCACAGCCCAGGGGGCGCCAAGUUCAAGGCGUCCCGCGUGUUUCUCCAGCGCCACCAGCACGCUCUGUGCAGGGUCUGCUCUCCCCGGCCUCUGUGCUCUCACCCGGGGAAGCUGCACCCACAGAUCCCCUGCUCACAGAUCUCACAAGCGUCCACGCCAUCAAGAAGUCCUCGUCCUCCUUUCGGAGAUGGAAACGGGAUGGGCACCUCACCCAAGGCCAAACUAUCAGUAAGUGGAACAGCAAAGAACCGGAUUCAAACUCGCGGCUCCGGAGGCGGCGAGCCGAACAGCGGAGUCCCAGCCUAGAGCACACCCUUCUCGGUUGCCGUGGUCAAGGGCAGGGCCGCCGCUCCGCGCCCCAACAGGCAGCCCCGGGGGAAGAAGGCUUCUGAUUGGUCGCCUCCAGGGUCGAAAGGGCGGGGCGCGGGGGCGUCGCGGGGAGAUGACGCAACGCCACGACUCCUUAAAGACACCAGCGCCGCGCGCCGCGGAUGGCGCAAGCGCGUUCCGGGGGCUCCGACUUCGUUUCUGAGCGUUGCGAGCCGGGCCGGGAGGGCGGGCGCGCGCGUGCCGAGUGUGUGGAGAGCGCGCGCGCCGGGGACGCGGGCGGUUCGAGGGGACGCGGACCCGGCCGCCUCCCGAGCCCGACCGGCUGCGGAGGAGCGGGCGCCGCGAUGGCCGAGGGCAGCGCCGUGUCCGACCCUCAGCACGCCGCGCGCCUGCUGCGAGCGCUCAGCUCUUUCCGCGAGGAGUCCCGCUUCUGCGACGCGCACCUGGUCCUCGACGGGGAGGAGAUCCCGGUGCAGAAGAACAUCCUGGCGGCGGCCAGCCCGUACAUCAGGACAAAGUUAAACUAUAACCCUCCAAAAGAUGAUGGAUCCACUUAUAAGAUUGAACUGGAAGGGAUAUCGGUAAUGGUUAUGAGAGAGAUCCUGGAUUACAUCUUCAGUGGGCAGAUUCGGCUGAAUGAAGAUACAAUCCAAGAUGUGGUGCAGGCAGCAGAUCUGCUGCUGCUGACGGACCUCAAGGCUCUGUGCUGCGAGUUCUUGGAGGGCUGCAUUGCAGCGGAGAACUGCAUCGGCAUCCGGGACUUCGCGCUGCACUAUUGCCUGCACCACGUGCACUACUUGGCCACCGAGUACCUGGAGACUCACUUCCGGGACGUCAGCAGCACAGAGGAGUUCCUGGAGCUGAGUCCUCAGAAGCUCAAAGAAGUGAUUUCUCUUGAGAAGUUGAAUGUUGGCAAUGAAAGAUAUGUGUUUGAAGCAGUAAUUCGGUGGAUAGCACACGACACAGAAGUAAGAAAGGUCCACAUGAAGGAUGUCAUGUCGGCACUGUGGGUCUCAGGCCUGGACUCCAGUUACUUGCGGGAACAGAUGCUGAAUGAACCGUUGGUACGAGAAAUCGUCAAAGAGUGCAGCAAUAUACCGCUCAGCCAGCCGCAGCAGGGAGAGGCCAUGCUGGCGAGCUUCAAGCCGCGGGGCUACUCCGAGUGCAUCGUGACUGUCGGCGGGGAGGAGAGAGUUUCCCGGAAACCCACAGCCGUGAUGCGCUGCAUGUGUCCCCUCUACGACCCGAAUCGGCAGCUUUGGAUCGAACUGGCCCCCCUGAGCAUGCCGAGAAUUAACCACGGCGUUCUCUCAGCAGAAGGAUUUUUGUUUGUAUUCGGGGGCCAAGAUGAAAAUAAGCAGACCCUGAGCUCAGGAGAGAAGUACGAUCCAGAUGCAAAUACGUGGACGGCGUUGCCACCCAUGAACGAGGCGAGACACAACUUCGGCAUUGUGGAAAUAGAUGGCAUGCUAUACGUUCUAGGCGGGGAGGACGGGGACAAGGAGCUGAUCUCCAUGGAGUGUUACGAUAUUUAUUCCAAAACCUGGACCAAGCAACCUGAUUUGACCAUGGUUAGAAAGAUUGGCUGCUAUGCAGCUAUGAAAAAGAAAAUCUAUGCCAUGGGUGGAGGAUCCUAUGGAAAGCUGUUUGAAUCUGUGGAAUGUUACGAUCCCAGGACCCAGCAGUGGACGGCUAUCUGUCCCCUGAAAGAGAGGAGGUUUGGUGCCGUGGCCUGCGGAGUUGCCAUGGAACUGUACGUGUUUGGCGGCGUUCGAAGUCGUGAGGACAUCCAGGUUAACGAAAUGGUCACCUGCAAGUCUGAAUUCUACCAUGAUGAGUUUAAAAGGUGGAUCUAUCUUAAUGACCAGAACUUGUGCAUCCCCGCCAGCUCCUCCUUUGUUUAUGGGGCUGUACCUAUAGGAGCCAGUAUUUAUGUUAUCGGAGACCUUGAUACAGGUACUAACUACGACUAUGUGCGAGAGUUUAAAAGAAGCACAGGCACCUGGCACCACACAAAGCCACUCCUUCCAUCCGACCUGCGCCGCACCGGGUGUGCAGCUUUACGAAUUGCAAACUGCAAGCUCUUCCGCCUGCAGCUUCAGCAAGGCUUAUUCCGAAUUCGUGUCCACUCACCUUGAAGAGGAAGCAGAGCAGGUCACGCGACCCUGUGCCGAGUGUGCCGUCAUUUCGCUGGGCGUAACGGAGACCCGAGGUGCAGCCGAAACUUGCUGUGUGUGCCGGGCUUUGGGGUGGUGACUGCGGUGGUCUUAGAAUGCUUAGAAGCUUGAGCGUCUGCUCUGGUUGGGAGACCGUGUAACUCUAGCACUACCUGAGAGGAGGCGGGUCCUCGGGUUAGCUGUGUCCAUAGCAGUGGUAUCCCAAGGAAGAGGGAUGGGGAUGGGGAUGAUGUCCAGUGGCAAAGCUGAAUCCUGCAGUUUAUUUUCCUCGAAGGGAACUCAUAUCUGAGUGCUGUGUUCCAGGUAUGUGACUUUGGAAAACAAACAAUCCAUAUAUGCAAAUCAACAUAUCCAAACAUACCAAGAUCGCUUCUACUGCACUUGGAAGGACUUACUAUGUCUAACCUUGCCCAGUGAAUUAAAGUCUGUGCCUAAAAUGCUAGAUUGGACUCUGUGCCAGUUAGUCUCUGUUACUAGUGCUCUGUCCUAAGAAUUUUUUAAAAAACUAUUAUGAUGAAUUGACACUAAGAUAAAACAUCUCUUGUAUAAUGUUCUGUCUUAGCAAUGUAAAGUUUAGGCAAAUUGAUGUCAGGUUGCAGCCCUCCUGUAAACUUAAAGGAACUUGCUGACCUCUCUGUUACUUUACAUGAAGACAUGUCAUGCCAUCAUUUCUGGGGCGGUCCUUUUGAAGUUGUGAAGGAUCUCAUGCAGUGCCAUUCUUCCUUUUACAAGAGUGAGGAUAUUAGUGGGUAGGAGAUUUUGUAAAAGAAAGACCCGAGUUAAACAUGUAAUAAAAGUCUGCUAUGACUUUAAAAAAAAAAUCUGUCAGGUUGAAAAGCAUAGGGAUCAAACCUUUUUUAAUAUAAUCUGAAAGCACACAAAGUCUCGUUUACUACUGUCUAGGAUUUGAAAACUUGUUUUAGAAUGCAAAUCUGUGUUGAAAAACUAGUCUCUGUAAUAGAAUGUUCCCAAUGCCGUUCGCUGGUAUGUUUUAGACACAAAUUAUGAGUAACGUUUGGCUGGUAGAAUAAACUACCUCAACUUAAUUUCAUUUUGUUCUUAGUAGAGCAAAUUCCUCUUUCCUCUUUCCCUCCUUCCUAUCACUCAUUCCUACCCUGCUCCCCUAAGAGGGGAGAGAACUCUCAUUGGUGAACUUACCUUGUAAGACAUUUUGUUUUCCAUCCAAAUUAUACCACCUUGGUGUGAAAUCAGGGACUUAAAGUGCUGAUUAUGUCAUAGUUUGAAUUUUAUGCAAUAUCAAAUUUCUAAUCAGUGUAAUAUAGAGUACUUCAUUUCUAAUUGUUUUCUACAACUUUUUUUCCUCUUACAAUAUGGCUCUAAGAAGCAACAUUUUGUCUUACUGAUGAAUAAAUGUAUAAUAUAUCCUUUGGUUGUAAAUUUGGGAGAUGGAAUUUCUCCUAGAAACUCCCCAUGUCCAGUGUUGUGUGCUGCAAUCAUGCAUAGGAAACACUGCGUAUGUUUUCCCACCCACGGGCGUAAAGAGGGUGACCUAGCUGCACUUUUCUUUCUUUCUUACACCUGCUGCAGGGCAGGCGACACUACACAGGUUGCUGAGAGAGGCCAGGCUCGUGGGCCUCUAGGGAAUGUCAGGUGUGGCACCUUAACUCUGAAGGUGCAGUGUUUUACCUUACGUACCCGAGGUACUGGCUGGACGCGGCACGCACUCGUGCAAGCCAAGCCAGCCCAGCGUCACUCAGAGCCAGGCUUAGAACUGCACCGUCGUCAGCCAGCUGUUACCCGUGCAUCCCCCACCGCCACGUCCUUCAGGCCGCUUUUCAUCGCAGUAAGCUGUGUGGCCACUCCAGAGAAAGAGCGCUUCCUUUUUACAGUUAGAUACUAAUUUGAGAGGACGUCAGUUGCUGGAAAAGUGCAUUUGCUUUGGUGACAACCCUCAUGGAACCAAACGCUGGCAUUCAGAAGCUGUGGGACCCUGGAAGCAGUAACUGACACCCUGCAGCCAUGAUGGCCGGCAGUGCUCUGUCUUUCAUUCCUGAAGCGCAGAUUCCUCGCAGGCCAGGCCUCUCCAAGGAGACAGCUCGUUAUUUAGGAGUGAAUGGGUCCUGUUGCAAUACUGGUAGUGCCUGUGUGACUUGGUAAACUCACUUUGGAAAUGUUUUAAAAUUCAGUUCGUGUACACUGUAGCUGCAGAAAUUAAUGUUCUUCUAGAAAAUACAUUUGCCACUGAGUAUGGGGUGCAAUAACCGACAAAAGCUGCUAAGUGCCAAACUGCUAUUUUAUUUUAUAUACAUAGGAAACAGUUGUGUAGGGCUUUAUUUAACUUUAUUACGUUCCAAAACGAAUUGACUUCCUUGUAAAUUAUACUUAUUUCAGUAUUGUGAGAUAAAUUAUAACUCAUUUUGUACAGGUUUGUGUUUUAAAAUUCCACUUAUGCCUUGGAACACCAUUUCUUGGUAAGUCCUCGGGCGUCCUUUCUCCGUGACGCACUUUGCCAGGUGCGUGCUGCGUUUGGCGGCUGAGGACAGGUCUGAAAGUUUUAGAUGCGCUGUCUCUGGGGGAAGUGCAAUUGUCCUCACCCCACCGAUGGAGGGAGCCUGUCUCAGGCUACAGUAGGAGGAUUGAAGGGGACUCUCUGAGGCUGCAGUUUAGAGUGGGUUUGUUUGUUUGUUUGUUUGUUUGUUUGUUUCUUUAACACAUCCAGAUGUAGAUUUUUUAAGUGAUUGAUUUAAAAUGAAGCGUUUUAUUUUGAGAGUGCUUAUAUCCUGUGAGAAAUGUGACGGGUGACUGAGGCGUGGUGCUGUGUGACUUCGUAUGGCUGGUAUGUUUACUGUGGAACCAUGGUUCCAAACUACACGUAUUACUGUCUCCUGGUGCUUCAGAUAAACCCUCAAGCCUGUUGACCUUCUGUUUAUACUGCUGGAUUCAGCUCCUAAUUGUAAAUAUGGACAUUUUGGUCGUGUGCAGUAAGUUUUGCCUGGUGUUUGCAUUUCUCCUCAUUAGCAGGAUUAAAACAGCGUUGACCGACCAGGCGUUGGUGUGCUGUAGGGAUGUGGCCUAGGGGUUUUAGCUCCCUGUUCUGCUAUGAGGAGUUGAUAGCUCAUUUGGACUUUUUCAAACUGCGCAACAACCGAACAAGCCUGUUGGGUGUGUUUCGUUCUGUUCUGUUGCUCUGCCGUUUCUCUAACGGCACUUUCUCCAUUGAUGGCAUGGAAGUGUCUUCUCAUAGUCUCCCUGCAAAGUAUAGGAAGUGCAUCCCUCAUCAGCGUGAUGAAGACAGGACUGUCUGCCGUGGCACCUCACCGGAGUGAGGUGGGAGGGCGGUCCCGGGGAAGGCUCGGUUUCCCUGCUCUGUCAGGACCCCGGUAGCUUGUUCCUGUGCUGUGCACCACAGCGGGCGCCUGGAAGUGUUCCAGGGAGAGCCAGGAGCUCCGCAGUGUCCCCAGUGACGCUCACUACCUGGGGAGGGCGAGGGGGACAGGGUAUGCGGCCCUCAAGGUGCUGGGACACCUGGUGGAGGGAAAGGGACGGCCGCCUCUGCAGCUGACCCCGAGGAAGCCUGUGACAGCAGAUAGGCCCCGCUCAGGCCACAGGUGUCACUGAGCACCUUCCAAGAGUCACAUUGCCCUCCCUCGCUGACUGGUAAACUCCCUGGGCGCUGGGCAAGGACCCUGUCUGGGUCACUGCUGAGCUCAGGGCCUGUGCGUAGUAGGUGGGCAGUGUCUGAUGAACGACACAGAAUCCCCGUGGUCACAGUGAUGCUCUUCACUGGGUGGAAAAGCAGUUUUGCUGGAUUUUAAACGGAGAGCUUUGUGCACAAGUGGGCUGGCCUUGGGUAGAGUAGGAAGCUAGCAUAGAAUAAAUACAAAGUGCCUCUUGCACACCACGCACAAGCCUGUGUUCUUGUGUGCCCUGGGAUGCCUGAGACCUGUCCUCGGCACACCUGAACUCCCGGCAUGCCCUGCGCAGGUCACACAGGAGCCAGCUGAAAGAGAGUGGGUUUUGUCAGUGAGCUGUAGGACUUGUGACGGUCCACAGAAACCGGAGUCCCUUCUGAAAAAGAAAAGGGGCUGCCCUGUAAAGAGUGAGGUGUCAUCUUCCUGUGCCAGCCCGCAUCAUCAGCAGAGGAAAGAAAUGGUCUCAGCAUGCCGAGGGAAGUUUUACUGGCUGGUGACGACCCCUGCAGCACCCCUCACCCACUCCCCAGGACUCGCAGAGCUUGGUGGCACUGCGUGCCAGCUGGCCCACGGCGGCCUUGGGGAGAGCAGGAGCUCGGGUGGAGGCUCUCGUUCCUGCCGGCCCGUGAGUCUCAGUGGUACUGAACUAAAGACUUUCUAUUUUUUUGCUGGUAAAGCUUUGUAAAGUUUUAUACUUUUCAAGAGUAAUUCUAUCGUUACUUUAGUUUUAAAUACCUCUCGGUGCGUAGUAGUUGCAUGUGUGUGAGGUAAGGAGUCUGUUCACACCUGUGGACCCUUGGUUGGAAGCAUACAGUGUAGCAGCGAUGGCCCUUUGUCCGCUCUGUCCCUGGAAUUCUCCAAGGGAUUGCAUUUCUAACUCUUUCCUGUGAAACCAAAUAUCUGAUGAAGAAAGCUAUGUGAUGUGAUGACUUAGUAAGAAAUGUCUGCUUUUUAUUUUGAGAAAACCGCCAGUCUGCUUCAGUUGCUGUCCAAGUGGAAUCUGCCUGCUGGUGAAUUUUGACGUCCCUGCAGCCCCGCAGGGUUGCCGAGCUGCUGACCCCAUACUGCCCUACGCAGACGUGCGUUGUGAUUCCCAGGCUGCUGUGGUUUCCAUCAGGAGAGACCCGGGAUGGCAGUGAUGCCCACAGAGCUGGGGACAACAGGGAGGCGAAAGGGGCAGUCAGCCAGGUCGGGGACCCGUGCAAGGAAUGGCCACCUCUGCUGGGUGCAGAGACACAGCCUGCAGUCCCAGCACUCUGGGAGGCUGAAGCAGGAAGAUCUAAGUUCGAGCCCAGCCGGGGCCCCUCAGCGAUGAGCUGGACCUUAUCUCAAAAGAGAGAGAAGGCCAGAGAUCCCAGUUCAGUCCCCAGUACAGAAAAAAAGAAAGAAACGGCCAUUCACCUCAAGUGAUUCAAAUCCCAAGUCCAUGUAGGUUCCUUUUCUACUUAGUUCCAUUGGGUAGGGCCCUCUUUUUAGCAUUCGCUACAAAUAGGUCUAGGUCCCUUGUUUUUAUUUAUACUCAUCAGACUGAAAUGUGUUCCUUGGAACUUGGGGGUUAAACUUUCCCAGUCACACCAGCGAAGUUGGUUUGAAUAUGACUUCACACGGCUGGCUUUAUCAUGUUUCCUGUUUGAUUGGAUGAGAGUUACAUGCAUUUAUUCCCCUGUGCUUUGUGUUUGUAGGAAAAACUCUGUUCUCAGCUACCUCAUUAUGUAGUGUUGUGCUUGAUCCUCUGCCAGUUUAGAAGAAUUCAACACAUUCUGUCCUUUAACAAAGGCCUGGAAGCAAGCAGUGAGCGGCCUUGAGGAAUACAAUUCUCUAAGGCGUAUUUUCCACUUUACUACUUUUUUUAGAAUAGGCACUUUUAAUCAGGAGGAACAAUAAUUCUCCUAGAGCUACUGCAGAAUGAUUACUUGAAACUCAACUUGAACCAUAAGGAGUCUUUAAAGGGCUCUGUUUUCAUAUAGCGGGAAAGGAUUCUGUUGAAACACCACUGCUGUGUAAAGUAGAGGGCUGAAUCUCCAGGCUUGUGAGGGCCGGAAAGGGAAAUGCAUCUGUCUGCAAUUGGACCCAGGCUUUGGAGCGCAGGUGCUUGAGGCCACUGAUGUUCCCUUCCUGUAGGGUGCUCCCGUCUGCCAGGAAUCAGCGAUUCUGGUAGGAAUGGGGACUCACUGCCAGGUCCCUCGGCUGCGUUAGUGCUGAUGGCCCGGAGCUUUACAGUGAGACCCCGAGGUGUUUCCUGAGUACAAGUUUGAGCUUGGGCGAGCUGCUCAGAAUCGCACCGUGCCAAAGUCGUGCCCGAUGUGAUCUCUUCCACACGGAGGAGGAUUCUCCCGACUUCCCCCUGACUUCCUCCUGCGCCUGCGUGUUCUCCGCACCGCGAGUGAUGGCUCCUUCGCACCUCCAUCGGCUUACCCGUCCCUGAGCCAGGCAGAGGGCGCUGAGGGGCUCAGCACCUGCAGGCAGACCCUCCCUCCUUAGUAGUCAGAGGAGUAACACCCAUGCCUUGCCGCCUUGAGUGCUCAGAAUAAGUUAAAUUCCAGUGAAAUCUACAAUUUAGCUGUCCUUAUUCAUUACUAAAAUUUAAUUUGAGCCCA